AAAUUCAUACAUACAAGUGAGAGCAGAAGAAGAAAAAGAAAAGUAUACAAAUGGCAAGCACAGUAAUGAGCUCAUUGAGCCUAAAGCCCUCAGCUUUCACUGUGGAGAAAGCAGCGGUGAAAGGCUUGCCAUCACUUGCAAGGUCUUCUUCUUCCUUCAAAGUUCAGGCCAGUGGUGGCAAGAAGAUUAAGACUGAUAAGCCUUAUGGAAUUGCUGGAAGCAUGAACUUGAGAGAUGGCCUUGAUGCCUCAGGCAGGAAGCCCAAGGGAAAGGGUGUUUACCAAUUCGUUGACAAAUAUGGAGCUAAUGUUGAUGGAUACAGUCCCAUCUACAACACAGAUGAGUGGUCUCCAAGUGGUGAUGUCUAUGUUGGAGGUACCACUGGCUUAGCCAUAUGGGCAGUUACCUUGGUUGGCAUUCUUGCAGGAGGUGCUCUCCUUGUUUUCAACACAAGUGCUUUGGCACAAUAGAUUGUUAUCCAUGUACUGUACUGUUUUAAGUUGUAUUCCAGCUCGCAAGAUGUAUCUUUUCAAGAAUACUUCAAAAUAUUUCCUGGCAUCUUGAUUAAUCUGUAAUUGCUGUGAUUUUACUGUGGAUAAUAUUACACAUAAUGUUGUUUAUUUAA